UUGAGAGACUUUUCUCCUUCGCCAACAAGCCAUGGCCCGCUCCUCCUCACAGUCCCAGUCCUCCGUCGGCGGCGCCGCCGGCUCCCGCCCGGCCACCGUCGGGCCCCGUGGCACGCCCGCUGCGGCUGCCGGCAUGCGCCGCCGCCGCGCAACCGCGACCGGUGGCGGUGGGGGAGGGGGCUUCUCCGGCGGCAGCAACAUGCUGCGCUUCUACACCGACGAGGCGCCGGGCCUGCGCCUCUCGCCCACCAUGGUGCUCGUCAUGUCCGUCUGCUUCAUCGGCUUCGUCACCGCACUCCACGUCUUCGGCAAGCUCUACCGCUCCCGCACCGCCGCCGCAUACGCCUGAUCCCCCAUCCUCCUCCUUCCGCGGACCACACCAGAUCAGACGGUUUUAAAUGAUGUACGACGACCAAGUUGCUGUGUUGGCUAGCUUUGAUUGAUCCUUCCUUCCGCAGUUAGAUCUGGAGAUGAAACCCUACAAGUUUUUUUUUCUUCGUCCCUUUUUACUCUCUGAUGCAAAGAAUUAUAUGCCUGGUUACUUCA